CUUCCAACAUUGACGAGCCGGCGUUAUUCAAAACUGCAACUAGCCUAGAGAUAGGUUUAUACAAAUAAAUAUGAAUAUUUGUAGCUACAUGCCUCCAUAAUCUCUGCUGCUCUCUGUAGCCUAUCAGCUGACUGUCAGCACUGACCCAUAUUGACGCAUUGCUUAUGACGUUCCCACCCGGCUUGUUUAUCUUCUCUCGUUUCCUUUCCUCGGCAGAAGGUAUUUCUGUCUGUAGUUGACUAACGUUAGCUAGCAUUAUGGCCAACGUUGUGGAUACCAAGCUAUACGACAUCCUCGGAGUUUCACCCUCCGCCUCAGAAAACGACCUAAAGAAGGCAUACCGCAAAUUGGCCAAAGAGUUUCACCCUGAUAAGAACCCAGAUGCAGGGGACAAGUUUAAAGAGAUAAGUUUUGCGUAUGAGGUGCUGACCAAUCCAGAAAAGAAGGAGCUUUAUGACCGCUAUGGAGAGCAGGGGCUGCGGGAGGGAGGUGGUGGAGGGGCUGGCAUGGAUGACAUCUUCUCCCACAUCUUUGGAGGGGGGCUGUUUGGCUUCAUGGGGGGGCAGGGACGCGGAGGGGGAGGACGCAAUGGAGGGCGCAGGAGAGGCGAGGACAUGGUGCAUCCCCUCAAAGUUUCACUGGAAGACCUCUACAAUGGUAAAACAACCAAACUACAACUCAGCAAGAAUGUCCUGUGUGCUUCCUGCAAUGGUGCCGGGGGUAAGGCGGGGGCGGUGCAGAAGUGUGUGGCCUGCAGAGGGAGAGGCAUGAGGAUCAUGAUCAGACAGCUGGCUCCUGGCAUGGUCCAACAGAUGCAGUCAGUCUGCACAGACUGCAACGGAGAGGGGGAGGUGAUCAGUGAGAAGGACCGCUGUAAGAAGUGUGAGGGUCGUAAGGUGAACAAGGAGACCAAGCUGUUGGAGGUCCAUGUUGAUAAAGGCAUGAGGCAUGGCCAGAAAAUAAGCUUCACUGGAGAGGCUGACCAAGCCCCAGGCACUGAGCCUGGAGACAUCCUACUGGUCCUACAGGAGAAGGAGCAUGAGGAGUUCCGUCGUGAUGGCCAUGACCUCCACAUGACCCAGCGUAUCGGCCUGGUGGAAGCUCUGUGUGGCUUUCAGUUGGCGGUCACACACCUCGACGGACGCCAGCUCGCUGUCAAAUAUCCCCCUGGCAAGGUCAUAGACCCAGGUUGUAUCCGGGUGGUGAAGGGAGAGGGUAUGCCUCAGUACAGGAACCCAUUUGAGAAAGGCGAUCUGUUCAUCAAGUUUGAUGUCCUGUUCCCUGACAACAACUGGAUCAGCCCUGAGAAACUCACCGAGUUGGAGGACCUGCUGCCUGCGCGUGCAGAUGGACCAGUCAUCUCGUCAGAGGCAGAGGAGGUUGACCUCCAGGACUGUGAGGUCAGAGGUCAGGGGUCAGCGGGGGCCAGAAGGGAGGCCUACAAUGAUAGCUCUGAUGAGGAGGGGGGGCCGCACGGCCCAGGGGUACAGUGUGCCCACCAGUAGACUGAAUACACACCCCGACUACCCUCUCUCUCCAGUCUGUGUGCCCAUCUGUUGUGAGGGAAGGGCACCUCCCUACUGCACCCUGCCCCAGGUCCCAUCAGGACCCUCCAUCCUCUUCAUUCCACAAUCAGAGUGUGUGGGUGUGGUCAGCAGGCUAUGCUGGAUGUGUGGUGGCCAUUUGACAUCCUAGGAUUCUAGGCUCUACAGCUGUCUUUGGAAAUGUCAUUUGCGAAUCUUGUGUAUAAAAUGAAAAUAUUGUCUUUUAAAAAUACAUUCAUUUAUCUUCUUCAGUGUCGUAGUCUAGUCUGUCACAUCAGCGCAUGCUGAAAAGACAUUUAACACAGGCCUACCAUAGCCCCUGGCCUACACGGCAGCCUGCUGAGCCACACCGGAAGUGAUUACAUCACAUUCUGUAAGCUCAAACUCCUCUCAUCACUGAGUUACCUGAGGACUUCCUGGCUCAGAUUUAUCUCCACCAAUCACAUAGCUUGAAUCUUUAGGCUUAUUUACCUUUCAGUCAGAAAAAAAUGUUUCUUCUGCGUGAGGAUUGUGUGCUUUUGCGCAUCUGUGUGUGUGACCACAGAGCUUUUGUCUGAGUAGCAUACUCUAUUCCUCUUUCUAAACUCAGGCAAGGCUGUGUGUGUGUGUGUGUGUGUGUGUGUGUUGCUGGCUUCUCUACUCAUAGCAGUAUGAAUUCUGUGUGUAGUGUGAGUGAUGACCUCAUGUUUAUGCUCAAUUUAAGAUAAAAACAUCUGAAUUUGUUGAACUUGUCCCACCUUGACCAUGUCACCUUUUAACCCUCGACCCCAAACCUCUGUAUUAUACACAACUCUCCAUGCCAGUAGAACUGUCACAUGCCAUCUCCAGCUCUGUAAAUACCAGCCACAACCCCAUCCCCUGUGCACAGUUCCAUCUCAGUACUCUUCAGCUGCCUCCUCCCUUCCAAUCCAAAUUCCUGUCCUUCAUCUGCACUAAUGGGACAAAACAGCAGGGUCAUGUUUAGUUGGCACAAAUUAGAAAAUGUUUUGAUCACAACCUAAAAAAAACACUUUAAUUUCCAGUUUCAAAAUAUUUAGCUACAGUCUGCCCUGUUUCCUUUUCCUGUCCAGUUCUGUGAGAUCAGUGCAGAUGGAGAGGAUAGGAGGCUGCUUUAGACUGUAGAGAUGUAGUCAUGUGACUGUCACUGUAAAUAUGAAAUGGGCCACUGAAGGGACACGCUUCAGACCAACAGACAGGCUUUAUUUAGUAAGUGAUAUUAUUGUUGAUGCUCAUAUUUGUCAGGAUGACAAUUGAACUGUAUAAUAAACUCUGUCACCAUCA